AGGCUUAUAAAUGUGUGAAGCGUUGAAGCUGAAGCAAAAUACAGGUUUGAGGCUCGUUUGGAUUACUGAGAGAGAGGUAAAAUACUCUUGUCUCUAGCAAGAGUAGACAAGGUAUGGUGAAUUUUGGCAUCAGCAUUGGAGUGCCAGCGAUUAUGUUGGAACAAGAAACUACAUCCUUGAAAAAAGCGUCUAUAACAGUCGAUGCUCCAACUUCCAACCAGGAAAAUUUGUCAAAACACCACAAAGCCAAUUGGCACAAUGGUGACGCCCAGAUAGGUUCUGAUUCAGGUGAUUCAAUGGAAAUCUUAGCGGAUUCAGUGUCAAUCACGAUUGAUGGGGAGAAGCAUUGGGUCUCGGGUGUGGAUUUAAAUACCACAUGCACGGAUCUGAUCAUUGCUCUGCUGCAUUAUCAAGAUCUCCAACAAAUGCGAUCCAUCACUAAGAAUGGACAUGCAAAACCAUAUAAUAUAUCCAACAAAUUAGAAAGAUCCAGCCAAAUCACAAACCAUAAUUCAUCAACAACAAAUACCAAAGAAAAGGAACAAACUUCUAAUAGCAAAGGUAUUACUAACCCUCACGCAUACGUGAUUGUAAAGAAAUUGCCGGACUGUCGAUUUGAGGAAUAUUUAGAUGGAAGCUCUCGACUAUUGGAUGUCAUACCGACUGGGGAUACCCCAUCAAAAAAUCAGUGUGAGCUCCAGCUGAGAUAUCUUGGGGGUACGUCGGCAUUCCAGACAUCACCGCGCGUCUAUAACCAGAAGCAAAACCAAAUGUUCUCAAUGCUAUCAAUGUCAACCGAUAAGGACAGUGGCAUGGGCAGCCCAAUGGGCAGUUCCCGAAGUGAUAAAUAUCGAAGAAGGCGGGGCAAACAAAAAACUGGUAUAGCCGGAGUCACAGGCAAUACCCAAAUUCGAGGAGGUGCAGCACUACCAAAGCGCAGUAAACAUCAACUGCAGCCUUUUAAUUUGAAUCCAAAUGAACGCCUAAUGAAUAUCAUAUUAGCUCAAGACGAAACCAUAAAUAGGCAAAUAUAUUUGUUGAAUCAAAAGGAACAACAAAUUUUAAAGAUCGAAGAUGAGAAACAUCGAGAACGCGAACUUGAGUUGGGUAAGAAUUAUAUGCUCGAUGCAUACUUAAAUGCACCAGAUAAAAUACCAAAUAAGAGACUUAAUACACAAGAUUUUGAGGAUCAUCGCCCAAAGGUACUGAACUCGAACCUGGACAAGCCACAUCCUGCGCAUGAUUCUGCUGGCGAGGCUAAUGGACUCGAUACCACGGACUCAAAGGAGGCAGUGUUAAAUCUUCCUUGUGAUAUGGAAAUUUAUUGGCUAGAAAAAGUAUAUGCUCUGAAUGUACUGCUGCAGGGAGAGGAGGAGCAGUUGCUGCGUUUACAUGCAAAGGUGCGUAAGCACCAGAUGCGAUGCGUCUACCAAACAAAAGACGAGGUGUUGCGUCAAAUAGAUAGAUUGGACAUGGACUUGGCCAACCAGGUAAACCAUAUAUAUAGGGUAGAACGUCAACUGUUAAUAGCCAACGAACAGUUGAAAGCCAAAUUGGGCGUCUUGGAGAGUUUGGGACAUGAAUUUGGAGCCUUUCCGGCUGCAACCGAGGAAAUCGAUAAAAAUUCAACAGCCGCCUGUUCAACAAUUCUAGCUUUAAAAUGUAAUGAAGAGCAAUUCAUACGAAACCUACAGGAGAAGGAUAUCGUCGUUCGAGCAGAUAUCGACCUGAUUAAAAAUAACUCGAAUCAGCCGGAUUAUACGGAUGCCAAAAUGUUACAAAAACAAAUGUUCUUCGCCGUUGACAAUUCUGUAUCUUUAUAUGAUAGUUGCUUUCAAGAUCACAAAGAAGGGGCACAGUCCAUAGUAAGAUAUAAUUCCUUGGUCUUGGCAGAAUGUGAUUUUGAUAUACAACACUUGGGUACACUUGUUUAACUAGUAAAUUGGGGUAUUUUUGUUAGUUACAGUUUAAUAACAAUCUGUAUAUUUAUAAGAAC